AUGUCACAUAAAUAUAUCACAGGACUUAAAAUUAAAUUAAAAAAAGCUCGCGCGAGUAACAGAUUAAAAGAAAUAAGCGAAUAUGCUUGUUCGCUAGCCUCGGUUUUAGGUGAUAAUGAAGAAUAUGAAGAAGCUUUAUUGCUUUACAAAGAAAGUUUAAAAGCUUGUGAAAGUAUUGGUGAUAAAUAUGGUGUGGCUUUAGCUCAAAGAAUGAUAGCUGAAACUAAUAAUUGUUUAGGAAAUUUUGAAGAGGCCUUAAAAUUUGUACAUUUGUUUUUAAAGUAUGCCGUCAACGAAGAUGAUAAAGUAGAAGAGCAAAGAGGUUUAGUUUUAAGGGGGUUAGUUUAUUUUACACAUGCUGAGUGCAUAGCAAACACUGAGCCUGAAAAGUAUCAAGUCAUAGAAAAACUUUUAAAGCAAAGUUUAGAGAGUUAUCAGAAAAGCUAUGCGAUUUGUAAUUCAGAGCUUAAAGAAGUAAAUGAAAAAGAAGUAUUACAAAUGAAAGCAAGACUAUUGCAAAACAUAAGCUUGGUAUUAAUUAGGCAAGGAAACUUUGACGAAGGUGAAAAAUGUCUUGUAAAAUCUAUAAAAAUUUCGUCAGUAGAAAAAUUUAAUGAUACGGAAUGGAUAAGUUACAACAGUUUAGGAGAUUUGUAUUCAAAAAAAAGAGAUUAUAAAAAAGCCUUAGACAUUUAUAACAAAGCUUUCAAUUGUGCCUGCACAACACAAAUGAAAACAGAUUCUUUAAUAGGAAUAGCAAAAUCUUAUUUAUUUUUGGAUAACUUUGAAGAAGCAAAAAUGACUUUAAAAAGAGCAUAUAAAUUAAAAACAAAUCCAGAUGUUAAAGAUAUGUUGAAGCAUGUUCUCUCCACGAUAAAAACACAAAAAAUGUUGAACAAUACUCCUGAAACUAAUAUUGCAGAAAGAAAAAUAUUACAUAGAAAAUUGGGCAACUUAUUCUUUAACUUAAAAUUGCUGAAAAAAGCCAUGGACAAUUACAUGCAUUUGUUAAAAUGUUGCAGAAAGAAUCAAGAUAAUUAUUUAAAUAUAAUUAUUUGCAUUAAGCUUGUUAUCAAAACUUUUGCAGAAGGUAAAGAAUAUUCUAAAGCUUUAUUUUAUGCCCAUCAAGAAUUACAAUUAUAUUUAAAAAAUUCACCAGAAAAGGCUUGUUAUACUUAUCUUAAAACUGGUAAACUUCAUGAAUUGAAAGGAUCAGACUACGAUGACAUAUCUUAUGCAUAUUUCCAAGCAAAAGAUACAGCUGAAAAAUAUGAAAAUGAUAAAAUUAAAAUUAAAAGUUUAAAAAGAAUAAUAAACAUUGGGAAAAAGUUUGACAAACCAAUGGUUGUCGAGCAAGCAACUAAUGAGUUAAAGUGCUUAAAAGCUAAAAAAGAAAAAAAUAUUAGUAGUAGUGAAUCUGAGAGUGAUGAUAAUUUCUAUUCUUUCGAUUCUGACAUUUGUGUUGAUGAAGACAUAGGUACAGACUCUGAAUUUGAAGAUGUUUUAAAAGAAUCUGAAACAGAACAAGAGGAAUUUGACAGACCGAGAGAAAGGUGUAAAAGGACAAAGUAUUCAAUUAAAAGAAAUGAAAAAGGAGAAACUGAAUUGCAUGUUGCAACCAUUAAAGGAAAUCUAAAAAAAGUACAAAAUUUAAUUAGUCAAGGACACCCUGUUAACACUAGGGAUGGAGCCGGAUGGACUCCACUCCAUGAAGCAUGUAACCACGGGUAUUUAGACAUAGUUAAAAUUUUAGUCGAAAAUGGAGCCGAUGUAAAUGACAAAGGAGGCUCUGCGUGUGAUUUAAUCACACCCCUUCAUGAUGCAGCGAUUAAUGGACAGCAUAAAGUGAUUGAAUAUUUAAUUGAAAAAGGAGCAUCAACUUUAGUUUUAAAUAAACAGGGAUUGACUCCAUUGCACUGCUUACUUGCUUGGCGAAAAAAUUCUGCUUUGGAUGCUGGUGAAGAAAAAGAAUUUAACAGAGUGGCAAGAGCAUUACAGUCUCCAUUAGAUUGUGACAAUGGGAAAAGAAAUUCUUCUAUCAUUGAAAAUGAACAAAAGAAAAAUAAUAAUUCUAAUAAUACAGCAAGUUCUUUAAUACAAAGAAAAACUUGUCGUGAAUUUUCCAAAAGUAAAAGUUCAGAAGAAAAAAACAUCAGUAACAUAACGCGAAGAAAACGACGUAGUAUUAUUGAGAGUGAUGAAGGUUCAGAUUCUUCAGAUGAUUUAGAAAGUAAAGAAUGUAAAUUAUAUAAAGAAGUAAUGAAUGGUUUUCGACGUUCUUCAAAAAAAUAUAAGGGUUCCGAUUCAACUCAAAAAAAUAAUUUGUUACCAGCUCUUAUAGACGAAAAAGACUGUUGUGAAAAUCGUAUUGUAAAUGAUGAUUUUGAAGAUGAUUCAGGGGAUGAUUUAAAAAAUGACGAUGAUUGUAGUAGUUGUACAAGUAACGAAAUUUUAGGAAAAAAUAAGUUGGAACAAAAAUAUGACAAAAAAAUGGAAGAAAAUAUUGCGAGAAAAAAAAAUAAAAAAAUACGUUUGGAUAAUAAAAAAUGUGCUGAGGAAAAAACGAUUGAGGAAAAACCACAUGAAAAUCUUAGUGUCCAUUUUGAUGAUAAUUGGGAUGACGAUGUUGACGAAUUUAUAUCAAAUUUAGUGAUUCCCUCUACGGAAAAUAAAAACGAUAAAAAAUCUCAUAACUCCGACAUUUUUAUCUCUCAACCGGAUCCAGAAAAUUUAAUUUUUAAUCCCUCCCAGGAUAAUUCUGAAAUUCAAGAUAUCACCUACGAAAUAUUUAAUAAAAAAUUUGAAAUUAAUGUGAAAAAGUCCGAGCUCAAUACUUUAAAUUUUGAAUGGUUGAUGCAAACGGUUAAAAAAAGGUAUCCGAUUAUCGACAAUCCUGAUUGUUACAUUUCAAUUAAAACGAAUGAAAAACCAUUAAUUGAGGAAUCAAAUUUUUUGAGUAUUUUAGAAGAAGAUGAAAAAAUUGAAUUUGAAGUGAUAAGAUGGAAAAAUUUUAAAUUAGACGAAAGAUACGUUAAAAUCUGCACGAUAAAAAAUCAUGGCGACAUGAGAACAGGAAUUAAAUCGUAUUCUUUUAAACACGAAGUACAUCCGGAAGUAUUUGAAAUUUUUAAAAAUCAAUCUUUGUUCAGAUCUUACGACUUGAGUAAUUUAAAGCUGUCGUCAAUAUCAUUAAUCCCUGUUUGCAAAGCUUUGAAAUACGAAUCAUUCAUUCAAAAAUUAGAUUUAAGUAACAACGAUUUCGGGGAUCAGGGUAUUGAAUUAAUAAUAAAAAUAUUACAAAUUUCCUUGAUUGAAAAAUUAAAUAUUAGCGGAUGUUACGUCACAUCUUUAGGUAUACAUAAAUUAAAUGAUUUUUUAAAUGUCGCCAACGAAAUAAGUUUGAACGGUUUGUUAUAUUUAAAUUUAAGUUGCAAUCCGAUCACAGAUGAUGCAUUCAACGCUCUCGAAAACAUAAUUAAAAAAUUACCUAAUUUAACCGAAAUUAACAUAACUAAUUGCAAAUUGAAUAAAAAUUUACGAGAAGAAGACUACGUUACGGUGAAAAUUUUUCAAGGUGGAUUAUUAAAACAUAAUUAA